AUGGCAAUGUUGGUGAGGCUCCCCGGCUUCAAUGUGGCCAACCACCUGGAGAAGCGGAAGCUUCUCAUCGCCAUCAACUGCAUCGCGGGCCUGUCCAUCUUCUUCUUCGGCUACGACCAGGGCAUGAUGGGCGGCGUCAACAACGCGAAGCACUACAUCGACCUGAUGGGCUUCGGCUACGUCAACCCGGACACGGACGAGCCCGUGGUCACGGACAGCCUGCUGCAGGGCGGCAUCGUGUCGGUCUACUACCUGGGCACGCUCUUCGGCUGCCUGCUCGGCGGCUGGGUCGGCGACAAGGUCGGUCGCAUCAAGACCAUUGCCUUUGGGUCGGUGUGGGCGAUUGUUGGCGCGUGUCUGCAGUGCUCGGCCCAGAAUGCGAACUGGAUGAUCUGCUCGCGGGCGGUCAACGGCAUCGGCACGGGCAUCCUGAACGCCAUCGUGCCCGUGUGGGCCACCGAGACGGCGGAACACACAUCCCGCGGGCAGUUCAUCGCGAUCGAGUUCACGCUCAACAUCUUCGGCGUGGUGGUGGCCUACUGGCUCGAGUUCGGCCUCUCCUUCAUCGACGGCGGCGCGUCGCAGUUCCGGUGGCGCUUCCCGAUCGCCUUCCAGAUCAUCCCGCUGUUCAUGCUGCUCGCCGCCGUGUGGUUCUUCCCCGAAUCGCCCCGGUGGCUGGCCAAGGUCGACCGCGACGACGAGGCGCUCUUCAUCCUGCAGCGGCUGCGGGGCACCGACAGCGCCGGUCUCGCCCAGGCGCAGGCCGAGUAUCGCGACAUCCGCAACGUGGUCGAGCUCGAGCGCAAGGAGGCCAACAUGAACUCGUACUGGCGCAUGUUCACCGGCGUCGGGUCCGGCGAGCUGCAUGUGGGCCGCCGCGUGCAGCUGGUCAUCUGGCUGCAGAUCAUCCAAGAGUGGGUCGGCAUCGCCGGCGUCACCGUCUACGCGCCCACCAUCUUCCGGAUUGCCGGCUUUGGGACGGAGAAGUCGCAGUGGAUCAGCGGUCUGAAUAAUGUGUUUUACAUGUUUGCCACGCUGAUUUGCGUCUUCACCCUCGACCGCAUCGGCCGUCGAUGGACGCUGUACUGGGGUGCCGUGGGACAGGGCAUCGCCAUGUUCCUCGCGGGCGCCUUCUCCCGCCUGGGCCAGGAUGCGCGUGCCGCCGGGGAUUUGGACAAGGCGAGCUCGUACGGUGCGGCGGCCGCCUCCUUCGUCUUCAUCUUCACGUCUGUCUUCGGCGCCACCUGGCUGACCGUCCCCUGGCUGUACCCGGCCGAGAUCUUCCCGCUGCAGAUCCGCGCCCGCGGCAACGCCCUCGGCGUUUUCGGCUGGUCCAUCGGCAACGGCUGGCUGACCCUGCUGUGCCCCGUCAUGUUCAACGCCAUCGGCGAGAAGACGCUGUACAUCUUUGGCGCCUGCAACAUUGUUGCUAUCCCCGUCGUCUGGGCCCUGUAUCCGGAGACCAACCAGCGCACCCUCGAGGAGAUCGACUUGCUGUUCUCUGCCCCGACCCCCUGGACUUGGGAUGCGGAAUCCGCCUUUGCCCGCAUGAAGGAGGAGAGGCCCGACCUGAUUGAGGCUGCGCAUCACGGGCAGCGGGUGGUCGGUGUUAAGGAGGAGACGGGCUUGGUGGAGAAUGCGAAGGUGUCGUCGGAUGCGUAG